UUAAUUUCAAAAUUUUCCCAAUCUACAAAUUUGCUUUUGGAAUGAAACUCAUUGAAAAAUAUUAAGAAUAUAUUUUUGAAAUAAUCAGAAAAGAAUUUCUCACACUUUCAUAUCCAAAUAUAUUCAAGUACUAAAUAUCAAGAGAAACAGCAAAUCAACAAAACCAAGACAAUCAAAAUCUCCAGCAAAUACUACAUUAAAAUUACCAAAAAGUUUCGAAAAUUACAGAAAUGUCCUUAAGACGACAUCAACCACAAACGAAGUCUCAGCUGAAGAUACAGCUACGAUCGUUGCAACCAAGUUGUAACGGUAACAUAAAUGGCAUUGCUAGUUUCCAAACAAGAAACAACAUUGUUGGCAAUUCAGAAGAAUAUAAUACACGAGAACCGCUCGCAGUGGCUAGUCCCGUCUCUUCGGUUACAACGGUAGUGCCGGUAGCAAUACCUGGCACUUCAACGUCGGUAAUACCCUUAGGCUCGGCCACAACUACCGAUGCGCCAGCGGUGACCGAGCAAAUUGCUAAUUUGCUGAAUUUGGCGCAACAUCUAUUGAGCAGUGUGCGUGAACAACAACAGCGCCAGCAUCGACGCCGUCACCGUCACCAGCGCGAGUCUCGCUUGUUGGUGGGCACGCCAUAUCAGCGGCCAAAUAGUGCGGCGCUUGCCACUUCACAGCAACUUAAUGACAGCAAUGACAACAAUGAGAGUGGAAUUAGCGGUACAAAUGUGAAUACCGUUAGUAUAGGAGAAACAUGUGCGGUUACAAAUGACGGCGCCAACUCUACUGGUCAGCAGCAAUUGAGGCAUACAAAAUUUUGCAAUGGCGGCAGCAACAGUGGAACUAGUGAGGAUAAUAUAAAUUUUCAAUGUGCUAUUUGUUUGAACUCGUAUCUAUUGCAUCGGCCGAUGGUCACUCAGUGUGGGCAUUUAUUUUGCAAGCGCUGUAUAAGGCAGUGUGUCAGCUGUCAAGCAAAGUGUCCUAUGUGUAAUCGCAAAUUGAAUUCCAAGAGCAUGUUUCGGGUGUAUUUCUGAGCUUUUUGCAUAUGUGAUUGCUUGGCGAGAGACCGAGGCGACAGGACAGUGGAGGCACCAGCAUGCAAUACAAUUUGUAUUUUGAAAUUUUUGUUGACAUUUCUUUGUUGAGCAUGUUUGUACGUAGGUGCAUCUCAAUAUGUACGAAUAUGUACGCCUUUUUGGGCAAUUUUCUUUUUUAAUUUGAAUAUUUGGUAUGUUUUUUGUUCAAUUGAGUGCUAAUCUUUACAAUACCCCCAAUAUUUGAUUAUGUACUGUUACACAUAUAGUAUAUAGAAGUCCAACAAACAAAAAAUAUACACAACUUGCCCUUUAAAUUGAUUUUUGAUAAACGACUUUAGACGAAUAUUGCUAAGCUUGUAGCUGUUGGAGUAGUACAUAUGCUUACUGAAAACUACGAAUGCUUAGUUGGAAAAAAAUAUAAAAAAUAUAUCGGUUUAUGGUAUA